AUGUCGGCAUCAAGAUCAUCCAAACAGCUCACAGCGCUGUUCCAGUCGCUCCGGGUCGGUUCUAGCAGCUCGUCCUCGGCCGCUUCGGCCGCCUCGACAUCUCGACGAGGCCUGUCCACAUCGCAGGCUAAGCCUCAACCGGCUGCAACCUCUCCCACAUCAGCCCCCAAUGCACAACCACAGCCACAGCAGCGACCUGCCGUAUACCCCUUCUCGUCGGCCGCGCUAGUCCCGGAAGUGCCCGCCUUCGUCUCGACCAAGAAGGGCAUCACACCACCCCCGGAGCCCAAGACGAUCUUCGACGCUGUCAUGCCGCGCGUCCACUCGGAGCUUCGAGCCCGCUAUGAUCCGGGCAACCGUCUCACCAAGCUGUUCGACCGCAAAUCACCCGAACGCAUUCCACCGGGUUCGGUGCUCAUCGUCGAGUCGUGGACGUCGCCACUCAAGACCAACUUUUCGUCGUUCUCCGGCGUGCUCAUUGCUGUGCGACGCCGGGGCGUGUCGACGUCGUUCGUGUUGAGGAAUCUGGUACAGAAGCUGGGUGUCGAGAUGCGCUUCAACCUGUACUCGCCGUUGCUCAAGGAUGUGAGAGUGAUCCAGAAGGCGGAGGCGGGCAAGAACGACAAGUCGGGCAAGCUGAGGAGGACGAGGAGGGCCAAGCUGUACUAUCUCAGGAAGGACGACAGGAGGCUCGCGGGUAUCGGCAACGUUAUCAAGCAGCAGAGGCUGCAGGAGGAGAAGAAGGCGCAGGAGAUGGCCAAGCGUCGUGGUGGCCGCAGGUAG